AACGGCGUUGCCAUAGAAACUACAACAGAAAACACGUACAGCAGUGGGGCAACGUGUCAACUUUCGGGUGAUACAAAACCCACUGUUUGCAGAAAACAGUCCUAAUGGCUCAUGUGAGAACGUAUCGAUCCAAAGUGAAAGUGGGAAACUGGACUGAGGACGAGCUCUUACAGAAGGAUGCAAUGAAAGAAUAUCUGGAGAAAAAGGAGAAGGGAGAGCUCUAUGUACAGAAGAUAGACCUUCUCAGGCAGAACAUGUUGAAACCGGUGAACUUGUCAGUGACAAAUGAUGGAGAUCUACACUUUGGAGAUGUUGUGAUGUUAGUGAACGUUGGAGCUGGGAACAGGGACCGCAGCGCUGUCAGCAUUGACGCUGACGUGAAUAGUUUAAUGACUGUUCCAUCUCCCAGCAUUCCAGUGUCUUGUGGGGUCACUGCAGGAAGAACUAUCCAACCAUGCACACGCACUGCUUUUAUCGUUACAAGUGUUGACGGGAAUCCUGAAGGAUCUGUGCUGCAUUUUGAGCAACAUUUUGCCUUGAGGACUUUGAGUGGUUUUGCCAAAGGGCUUUACUUGACUAGUGACAUGAGAAGUUUCCAAAAGUGUGCAAAAAAGUCCCACCUCCAAGAAGUGUACCUGGAUGAGAGCAAAUGCUUUCUGUCAUGCUGGAAAAUAGUGCAUUUGGAUCCCCUGGAAAGACUUGAACAUGAAGGACUUCCAGUUCCAGCUAAUGUGAAAGUGUUGAUCUUGCAUUGCAAGACAAACCAGGCCCUUGCAGUUUUGGGAGAUCAAGCUCUUUGGACAACAUUUGGUGAAGAGUACGAGGUGACCACUCACACAUUCCUGGACUGCCACAAACUCGAACAGGAAAACAAUCACUGGGUGUUGUGCACCUCUGACCCUGCAGGAAAUGGCCUUGUCCUUCUUAAUCGCCAGCAGUAAUGCAGAACUACAGAAACAGCAUCAAAAAUUUUAAUAAAGAUGUUUCUUCUGCUUCAA